UACUCCACUUGUGCACCUAGCUAGCUCCGAGGUCAGCUUAUAAUAACCUUGCAGUUGCCAGAUCCACACAGCAGAUUGGCAAAGGGGAGGAAGAGGAUCACAACCUUCAGAAUUCAGAUGGAUAGCCAAAUGCUCAUACUAGUAGAGUAACAAAUGUUCGUCACCGGCGACAUGGCCGCGCAGUGGAAGGAGCUGCAGGGCAGCAACCACUGGGAGGGCCUGCUGGACCCGCUCGACGUGGGCCUCCGGCGUUGCCUCGUCACCUACGGCGAGAUGAUCAUGGCCACGUACGAGGCGUUCAUCGGCGAGAGCCGGUCCCCGAACGCCGGGAUGUGCCGGUACCGCCGCGCCGACCUGUUCCAGCGCGUGGACGUGUCCCACCCGGGGUGGUACGAGGCCACGCGGUACCUCUACGCCACGGCCAGCGCCGAGGUGCGUGGGAAGGUGCUCCUCCGGCCGCUCUGCCGGGAGCGCUGCGCCAGGGAGUGCAACUGGAUGGGGUACGUCGCCGUCGCCACGGACGAGGGCGCCGCCGCGCUCGGGCGCAGGGACAUCGUCGUGGCGUGGCGCGGCACGCAGCGCGCGCUCGAGUGGGUGGCCGACCUCAAGCUCGCGCUCGCCUCGGCGGCGGGUAUCCUGGGUCCGGAGGGCGGCGGCGGCGGCAGCGGCGGCUCUGACCCGUCAGUGCACCGCGGGUACCUGUCGCUUUACACGUCGGACUAUGAAGGCUCCAACCUGAGUAAGCAGAGCGCCAGGAUGCAGGUGUUGACAGAGAUCGUUAGGCUAAUGGACAAAUAUAAAGGCGAGGAAACCAGCAUCACCGUCGUCGGCCACAGCCUCGGCGCGACAAUGGCCACCCUGAACGCUGUCGACAUCGCCGCCAACGCCUACAACAAGAUCCCGGGGUACGACAGCCGCCGUGCUCCGGUUACGGCCAUUGUGUUCGGCAGCCCACGCACGGGGGACCAAGACUUUCGGGACGUCUUCCACCGCACCCCGGACCUCCGGAUGCUCCGCGUCCGGAACAGGCCAGACCGCAUCCCUCACUACCCGCCCGUGGGCUACGCUGACGUGGGCGUCGAACUGCUCAUCGACACGCGGCGGUCGCCGUUCCUCAAGCACCACGGCAGUGAGUCGCAGUCGCACGACCUCGAGGUCCACCUGCACGGCAUCGCCGGCUGGCAGGGCGACCGCGGCGGGUUCGAGUUGGUGGUGGACCGGGACGUUGCACUAGUGAACAAGUUCGACGACUGCCUCGCCGAUGAGUACCCCGUGCCUGUGCGCUGGAAGGUACACCACAACAAGAGCAUGGUGAAGGGAGGCGACGGCAGGUGGGUCUUGGAGGACCAUGACCCUGAUUACGAAGACGAGGAUGGCAACAUCAACUUGUAGUGCAAGCCAGCCAAUUGUUGUUUUGUGUUGCUGUUAUGGAUCUUAUCCAGAUGUUUUGAAAGAUCUUGGCCUCUUGGAAGCAUUGAAUAGUUUGGUGAAUUA